CCAACAAACAUUUACAACGUUAAACACUGACAAUAGCAGGCAUUUGGACUUUUUUUUGCAUUUUGUAACAUAAAUUAGCUCUUCGUUUUAAUUUAAUUUGUAAUUUUAUCUCCGAUCCCAAUAAGAUUUGUUUUGAACACUUACUAAUCGAUGGCGUGACAUGUAAGAGUGGAGCGGCUAGUCACUAACUGAGAGACUUUCCUCAAGCGAUAUCUCAGAAGGGUGACACAACUCAACUUCACCACAUACACACUCUCUUUCGUGUCGUCUGCGAGUAUCUUUUGUCAGGCCGUGUGUGUGUGUGUGUCGAGGUCAUGUGGAGGAAGGCCGUGCUGGUGGCGCUGCUGGCGUUGGGGAUGGGGUAUCUGUACCACACUGACCCGGAGCUGCCGGCCCGUGUGCUGAACUACGUCAGUGAAUCUCUCCCGCAGAUGGAGCCGAGUGACAGCUCCGAGCCCCGCCCCCCGACGCUGGAGGAGGCCAUCGCACGCGCCUGGCAGACCCUCAUCACGGCUCCGGCCCGACGCUGGGCGAGAGUGGCAGUGGGGGUGAACGCUUGUGUGGAUGUGGUGGUGUCCGGGGUGGGGCUCCUGCAGGCGCUCGCUCUCGAACCCGGAUCCGGCAGAGACCACGGGGUGCUACACAGCAAAGAGGACCUGAAAGAGGCCUUCAUCCACUACAUGGGGAAGGGCGCUGCUGCAGAGCGCUUCUUCUCAGAUAAGGAGGUUUUUCAAAGGAUCGCACGGGCGGCUGCUGAAUAUCCCGGCGCUCAGCUUUAUGUUGGUGGAAAUGCUGCUCUUAUUGGCCAGAAACUGGCGUCUAACCCAGAACUUGUAGUCCUCUUAUGUGGUCCGGUGGGGCCGAAGCUUCAUGAAAUGCUGGAUGAACAGAUCAUAGUGCCACCAGAAUCUCUGCAGGAGAUGGAUGAGUUCCACCUGAUCCUGGAGUACAAGUCAGGUGAACAGUGGGGUUCCUCGAGAGCUCCUCAGGCUAGCCGCUUCAUCCUGUCCCAUGACGUGUCCAACGGUGAAAUGAGCACGCUGGAGACAUUCGUGGCCAGUCUGGACGAGUUCCAGCCGGAUCUGGUGGUUCUGUCCGGACUGCAUAUGAUGGAAGGAAUGGGCCGGGAACUUUGGGAGGAACGACUGAAAGAGGCGGUGGUGGCCAUCUCAGACGUGAGGAACGAGGUGCCCAUCCACCUGGAGCUGGCCAGUAUGACGGACAGAGACUACAUGAACCUGAUCCUGCAGGAGCAGGUCUUGCCCAUCGUGAACUCCAUCGGUCUGAACGAACAGGAGCUGCUGUUUUUGACUCAGUCCGGAGGUGGACCUCACGCUGACCUCACUUCCUGGGACGGCAUCCCCGAUGUGGGCCGCGUCAGUGACAUCCUGCUCUGGGUCCUGGAGCAGCAGGGCCGGGCGGACCCAGAAUCUGAAGCCGACCUGACUCGGAUCCACUUCCACACGCUAGCGUACCACAUCCUGGCUACGGUGGACGGCCACUGGGGAAACCAGGAGGCGGCGGUGGCCGCGGGCGCCCGUGUGGCCAGCAGUCAAGCCUGCGGUCUGCAAGCGGUAGAUGUCACGAAGGUGGUCCUCAAGGCACCGCUGAGCUUCUACAGCUCCUUCUCAGAGCCGAGGAAGAGUCUAACGGUGGACCCGACCCGACCGGUCACCGUGUGGCGCAGAGGAAACGUUUCAUUCCAUCUCACACCGGUCCUGGUGUGCAAACAGCCUCUGAGGACUGUGGGAUUGGGCGACGCCAUUUCAGCUGAAGGCCUUCUGUUUUCAGAGGUCACGCCUCAGCCUGAGCUCUAAGAGACGCCUCUCAUUCAUCCUUUUGAUGAUAUGUCCUCAACAUUAGGUCUUAAAGCUGGGGAAACAGACUUAGGGGGAAUCAAACGAAGGGAUGUUUUUCAGAGCAAAACAAGUUUGAGGUGCAGGGCACUCUUUGUUUUUUUUUUUUGGUUGCUACUUUUGUCUAAAAUCACAUUGUGAAAGACGGCACUGAACGUGACGACGUGAGCCAGGUUCUUUAAACAAAGAUGAACAUUCUGUCAUAAUUUGCUCACCUUUAAACCUAAACGACCUUCUUUAUUACAUUAGAAAUUGUCCAGAAGUCAAACUCCGUUUUCGGUGAGUAAAUGAUGACAGAACUUUUUUAAAACUAUAAUAAGAGGAGAUCAUACUCUGGUUAACAGGUGUACAAGACCUGCAGCUGCUAUUGGGACGAAUGAAAGCGAACGAGAGAAUGAUUUUAGAGUCUUAAACGUCCCAAAUCUCCAUUGUACUUCCAAACACUCCUUUAUUUGGGUUAUGAAUGUUAAUUAGUAGCAGAACCGGAAGCCCAUCAGGUUUACCAGGUUUAUCCAGUGAUGCAUUAUUUUUCCCUUAAGCUAAGUAACAUUAAGUUCUUAUGGAAGCAUAUUACUGCCACUGAAUAAAAACUAAAAAAGUAAUUGCGACUUUUUUUCUCUGAAUUGCGAGAUAAAGACAGAAUUUUGUGAUAUAAAAUCGCAGUUUUGUGGAAAAAGUCAGGAUUUGCAAGAUAUAAACUGCCAACUACGAAAAAAGUCAGAAUUCCGAGAUGUAAACACGGAAUCGUGAAAAAAAAAAAGUCAGAAUUCCGAGAUGUAAACACGGAAUCGUGAAAAAAAAAAGUCAGAAUUCCGAGAUGUAAACAUGGAAUUGUGAAAAAAGUCAAAAUUCUGAGAUGUAAACACUGAAUUGUGAAAAAAAGUCAGAAUUCCGAGAUGUAAACACAGAAUUUUGAAAAAAGUCAGAAUUCCGAGAUGUAAACACGGAAUUUUGAAAAAAGUCAGAAUUCCGAGAUGUAAACACAGAAUUUUGAAAAAAGUCAGAAUUCCGAGAUGUAAACACGGAAUUUUGAAAAAAGUCAGAAUUCCGAGAUGUAAACACAGAAUUGUGAAAAAAAGUCAGAAUUCCGAGAUGUAAACAGGCAAUUACCUCUUUUCAUUUUUUAUUCACUGGCAGAAACACGCUUCCUUAAGUUCUCUUAACAUAAUGAAAUUAAAAACAAAUGAUUCCUGGGUCAAUCUAAAGUCAAAAUAAUUCCUUAAUAUUAGUUAAUAGUUUAGAUCAUCAGUUUACCUCUCGGGAUUGUGGCCAUCAUUUACUGCACAUAUGAUUAAAUACCAUUCAUUAUUCUCGUCUUAAUCUUAAUGUUCUUCAAGAUGGGAAUCUAGCUGUAGGUUUUUGUAAAUUGGAGCCAGCAUUAUUUGUAUAUAAUAAGAGAAAUGGUAAAUAUUUCCCAUUCGUUCUGGUUUGGUCUGUAUGUAGUGUAGGUGGCAUUAAUGACGACUGUUGUGAUUUAUGAUGCUUCCUGUUUUUAAAGGUUACACAUAAUGAAUCUGUCAUUUAUUCUUAUGAGUCAUGAAGUUACCAUGUACCAUCCAAACACUUCUGACGUAUGAUUUUUAUUGUUUUAUUUGAGAUGUACUAAUUAAUCUCUGUGAAUUAUCAUCUGUCUUAAACCAGCAUUAAACCCAUUUUGAGGCUUUUUAACUAAUGCAGUUUUAGAAAUGAGCCACGAAUGGUUUUAUGAACACUUUUCACACAAUUGUGUUUGUGUUUCCUGAAUGAGGCAAUAACUGUGAGAAAUGCCUCGGAUCAUGAACCUCAUGGAUCAUGUUUUGUACUGUAUUUCUGUAACACUACAUUAUUGAUGCUGUUAGUUUCUCAAACCAACAAAAGAGGGGACUUGAAAGGUUUUCUUGUUCAGAUGCUGCAAACGUUGAGUCGUGGUGUGAGAAACUAACAGAAAGUUCACAUUCAUGAAACUUAUUUUGACUAGAUCAAAUGUUUUAGGGUUCUAGUUUGCACACGUGAUUAUGCAACAAAGUCUUUAAGAGUUACUGGGCAAAACGUCCUUCAAUCAUAAAUGUUGAGACUAGAAAUAAUAGCUCUGUUAACUUGAGUAUGGAAUAUUUUUAUAUAAAUUAAACACUUCUGUACUGGA